AUUAGCGAAUCAGAAAAGAGUUAGUAUAAAGUAAAAAUAUAUUAUAAAAAAGUAAUGAAUUACAAUGGAUAUUCUUCUUUUACAUGAUUUAAGAACUUGUUCGAGCAGAUUUUUUUCUCCAACAUAUAGUACAACGACAUACAAUGUCAUCGCGGCAGUCUGCACAUCGUGCUGCGGUCAUUUAAUUGCCGCAGUCACAGACACAGGAACUUCUUAACAGUGCCAUCUGCUGUAGUCUCUCAACGAUCACCUAUUCUCUAAAAUCUGCUGUAAAACGAUCUUUUCUCCAGGGCACAACAUGGUUUUCGGAAAGGCCUAUCUUGCUUGACAAAUCUUCUCAUUGCACGAGAAGAGUGGGCUGCGGCAAAGGAUCGGAAUGCUCCUGUGGAUGUAAUUUUCAUAGAUCUAAGUAAAGCCUUUGAUAAGGUUUCACACUCUGGUCUUAAAUUCAAACUGAAACGUUUUGGAAUCCAUAACACAGUCGUCGAUUGGAUAAGUAACUUUCUCCAUGACAGGAGACAAAGGGUAAGGGUUAAUGGGGCUCUCUCCUCGUGGGUACCUGUAAAAUGUGGGGUUCCCCAAGGCACAAUCCUAGGUCCUCUUCUCUUUUUACUUUAUGUAAAUGAAUUGCCAACUGUAGCAAAAUCAUCCGUUCUACUCUUCGCUGAUGACAUAAAGAUUUGGAGACCCAUACAUAGUAUGUCGAAUAGAAUAGUAUUACAGGACGAUCUUAGCUCAUUGGUGGCAUGGUUAGACAGGUGGUCACUAGAAGUAAAUCCUAAUAAGAGUGUAGUGAUGCAGUUAAAUAACUCUGAUGAAUCGUAUGACUAUACACUACGUGGAUUCGUGCUACACAAAGCAAGAAACUAUAAAGACUUAGGAGUUAUAUUAAGCAAUGAUCUCAAAACGACUAGUCACUGUAAGGCUGCUGCUGCAAAAGGCUAUAGGGUAUUAUGGUCAAUUCGUAGGUCUUUUCAGUAUUUAGAUGAUGAAAUGUUUGGAUUACUAUACCCGAUUUAUGUGCAACCACAUUUAGAAUACGGGAUUCAAGUAGCGAGUCGUCGAGACUCGCAUCGACGACCAUUCGAAUCAGCAUACGAAGGACCCUUCAAAGUUCUUCAACGUGAAUCUAAGUACUAUAUAGUCGAUAAGAACGAAACAAACGAUAGCAUCAGCAUCGUUCGCUUAAAAGCAGCGUAUUUAGAAGGAAAUCCUAUCUACGUGGAUUUUCCUUCGGUGCAAUCGCACAACACGACUCCUACACUCAUAAUUCCUCAACCGACAACCAACACUAGCGAUGAUACACCGAAUGUGUCUGAUAAUAAACCUAAAACGACGCGUUCUGGAAGAAGAGUAAGAUUUCCAGAACAUUUAAACGACUACUGCACGUAAGGCACUACUCGACAUUUUAUAUUAUCUCGAUUUUUCCUUUUACGAUAUAUAAUAUUUCAAAAAAAAAACAAUUUUAGUAUGCCUAUAUAUUUAUAUUUUUAUUGAAAACAAAAAACAAAAAAAUUAUUUUUUUAACGCUAUUACGUGUGUUUGAAUUUAUUUUCCAUUUUUUCGCCGACAUUGUGUUUUCACGCACAUACGAGUGUAUUUUGACAUGCACUUACACUUUCUUUUUUCCUUUCUAGGACGGCUGGAAAAGAACGAUGCAGUUUACGAGGAGUCGAAAUUUUCGUUGUAACUCUUUCUUUUUUUACUAUGUUGUACCUCGGUCCCAUAUAGUAAGGAAAGACGACCAGACGCUGCUACACUUAGUAAGCUAUCAGAAGAGUGUUUACCAACGACAAACUCGUUGAGUGUAAACUUCUGGCUGGCCACGUCUUAGGGUCGUCACUGCCCCACUAGGGGGAGAGUGAUCUGUAGCGGUAAAUAAAUCCUCAAAACAAAUAUUUCUAAGUUCUCGACAUUGGAUGCUGACCAUAUAUUUUAGUGGACUCAUCUAGCUGAAGGCGCUCGGUCAUGCAUCCGCACCAGAUCACGUGUGGUAACGCCGUGCUCAACAUCAACCGCAAUCGCUAGCUAGAUUAGAUCAGAGAAUUCCGAUAUAUUGGUUAUCGCCAAAUACACUCUUCCGAUCUCCUCGA